UCGCUUCAACCCCUAAUCUAUGGCGGCGGCGGCGAUGUAUAGCUCCACCGUCGUCAGUUCAUGAAACCCUCGUCUCUUUCUCUUCUCAAAUUUCUCCGGACCCGAGACUCUCCCCUCUUACGAAUCCGAACAAUGACAAUUACAUCGAAUCCACCGCAAGUGCGCGACGAUCUCCUCUGCUCGGACCAGCAGCAGCAGCAGAGUGAUUUGCAGAUUGAGAAGCCGCCGGAAGCAGCACCAGCAAGCUUGGGCGCUCCAGGUCGAGUAUUGAGCAUUGAUACAAGGGUGGAGCAGGCCUGGGCGCACUGGAAGAAGCUGGGUAGACCGAAGUAUAUAGUAGCUCCAAUGGUGGAUAACUCAGAGCUUCCGUUUAGAUUGCUCUGUCAAAAAUACGGAGCUCAGGCUGCUUACACACCGAUGCUCCACUCUAGGAUCUUCACCGAGACUGAUAAUCGAAACAAGGAAUUCACCACUUGUGAGGAGGACAGGCCGUUGUUUGUGCAGUUCUGUGCUAACGAUCCUGAUACUCUCUUGGAAGCUGCAAAGAAAGUCGCACCUUACUGCGAUUAUGUUGAUAUCAACUUAGGGUGUCCUCAACGUAUAGCGAGGCGAGGGAACUAUGGUGCAUUCUUGAUGGAUAAUCUUCCUUUGGUGAAAUCACUUGUUGAAAAGUUAGCUCAGAACCUCACUGUUCCUGUCUCCUGCAAGAUCCGGAUUUUCCCUAACCUUCAAGAUACGCUCAACUACGCCAAGAUGCUUGAAGACGCUGGUUGCUCGCUGCUAGCGGUUCACGGCCGGACCAGAGAUGAGAAAGACGGUAAAAAGUUCAGAGCCGAUUGGGGCGCCAUCAAGGAGGUGAGAAACGCUCUGAGAAUCCCUGUUUUAGCCAAUGGGAAUGUGAGAUGCAUUGAAGAUGUGGAGGACUGCAUCAAAGAGACGGGCGUUGAAGGUGUUCUUUCCGCUGAGACGCUUCUUGAAAACCCGGCGGUCUUUGCUGGGUUUAGAACAGCUGAAUGGGCUAAAGAUAAUGAAGGAGAGGGAUACGUCGAUGGAGGGUUAGAUCAGGGAGAUUUAGCUGUUGAGUAUUUGAAGUUAUGUGAGAAACAUCCGGUUCCUUGGAGGAUGAUUCGGUCUCACGUGCAUAAGAUGUUGGGAGAUUGGUUUAGAGUGCAUCCACAGGUUAGGGAGCAGCUUAAUGCUCAGAACAUUUUGACGUUUGAGUUUCUGUAUGGUCUUGUGGAUCAGUUAAAAGAGCUUGGUGGACGAGUUCCACUCUACAAGAAAAGGAAGAUAGAUACCCUACAAGAGUCUCCACAAAAGGAUUUAGAGAGUUGAAUCUAUACGUUCUUGAUUCAUUGUGAUUUUUAUGUUGUAUCUCCAAAUACUUUUUGAAUUAAAAGUGUUACUUACUCCCUAUAAUUCAUUUUAAAAUGUCAUUUUAACACUUUUUGUUAUUUUCAAAUUUCAGUACAACAUUCCACUUAUUUUAA